CCCUUUUCGUCCGCGACGCCACACCGGAGUGGGCGGAGCCGGAGGAGGUGGCCGCGUCACUCCCCGCUCCGGCGAUCCGGCCGAGCUCUCCCUCUCCAGGUUCCCUUCGCGAGCUUGGGGGAACAGGAUGGCUUCCGCGCAGGAUCCCUUCUACAUCGUCAAGGACGAGAUCCAGGAGUCGAUAGAAAAAAUUCAAGAUACUUUGCAUCAGUGGAAGCAAACACCGGAAAACACUGGAGAACAUGUGCAUCUGACCAAAGAAAUAAUAGCAAGCUGCGAAAGUAUCCAGUGGCAGGUGGUUGAACUGGAGAAAGCUAUUUCAGUUGCUGAGAGAGAUCCAGCUUACUAUGGACUUAACGAGGUUGAAAUAGGAAAAAGGAGGAACUGGACUAGCACUGCUCGUAACCAGGUGGUCUCCAUAAGGCGGUGUGUUGAAGCUGGAAAGCAAAAGAGUGCCUUUGGCCAUUCAGUCAAUCCUUCUGAAUUAGUGAGGUCCAAGCAGCACAUUGCUCAAGAUAACGAUGACUUCAUUGCUUCAGAAUCAGAUCAGCAGAUGCUCCUGAUUAAGCGACAGGAUGAGGAAUUGGAUGAGCUUAGUGCUAGUGUCCAGCGAAUUGGAGGUGUUGGUCUCACCAUACAUGAUGAACUUGUUGGACAGGAAAGACUUUUGGGGGAGCUAAGCCUUGACAUGGAAACUACGACCAAUAGGCUCGACUUUGUGCAGAAAAGGGUGGCCAUGGUCCUGAAGAAGGCCAGCUUGAAAGGCCAGAUUAUGAUGAUAGCAUUCUUGGUGGUUCUUUUCAUCAUUCUUUUCGUUUUGGUGAGGAGUAAGAAGAUGUCGCACAGGAAGUUCGAGCACCCGAGGCACGGAUCCCUCGGCUUCCUCCCGAGGAAGCGCUCCUCCCGCCACCGCGGCAAGGUGAAGUCAUUCCCCAAGGAUGACGUCAACAAACCAUGCCACCUCACCUCCUUUGUCGGUUACAAGGCUGGAAUGACCCACAUUGUGCGUGAGGUCGAGAAGCCUGGUUCCAAACUCCACAAGAAGGAGACCUGUGAGGCUGUUACCAUUAUUGAGACACCUCCUAUUGUCGUUGUUGGACUUGUGGCCUAUGUGAAGACUCCACGUGGCUUACGCAGUCUCAACUCUGUCUGGGCUCAGCAUCUUAGUGAAGAAGUAAGGAGAAGGUUCUACAAGAACUGGUGCAAGAGCAAGAAGAAGGCUUUCACCAAGUAUGCUCUCAAGUAUGAUAGCGAUGCCGGCAAGAAGGAAAUCCAAAUGCAGCUUGAGAAGAUGAAGAAGUAUGCUUCUGUUGUCCGUGUGAUCGUGCACACUCAGAUUAGGAAAAUGAAGGGCUUGAAGCAGAAGAAGGCUCACCUCAUGGAGAUCCAGAUCAAUGGUGGUACCAUUGCCGAUAAGGUGGACUAUGGAUACAAGUUCUUUGAGAAGGAGAUCCCAGUUGAUGCUGUGUUCCAGAAGGACGAGAUGAUUGACAUCAUUGGUGUCACCAAGGGUAAGGGUUAUGAAGGUGUUGUCACGCGUUGGGGUGUCACUCGCCUUCCCCGCAAGACCCACAGGGGUCUCCGCAAGGUCGCCUGUAUCGGUGCCUGGCAUCCUGCUAGGGUUUCCUAUACUGUUGCUCGCGCUGGUCAGAAUGGGUACCACCACCGCACUGAGAUGAAUAAGAAGGUUUACAAGAUCGGCAAGUCUGGCCAGGAAAGCCAUGCUGCCUGCACUGAAUUUGACAGGACUGAGAAGGACAUCACUCCCAUGGGUGGCUUCCCUCACUACGGUGUUGUGAAGGGCGACUACCUCAUGAUCAAGGGUUGCUGUGUUGGCCCCAAGAAGAGGGUCGUCACCCUCCGCCAGUCCCUGCUCAAGCAGACCUCUCGUUUGGCGCUCGAGGAGAUCAAGCUCAAGUUCAUCGACACCUCGUCCAAGUUCGGGCACGGUCGCUUCCAGACCACCGACGAGAAACAGAGGUUCUUCGGCAAGCUCAAGGCUUAGUUUGUGCGGUUCCUCAGCAAAGUCAGAAUUUGUCAAAACGAUCAUCACUACUCUAUACUUGGUUCUCUUCUCUUGAUAUUUUCUGGGGUAUUAAGUUUUGUAGCAGAUGUUUCAGGACCUGUUGAUCUAUGAAUUUGUGCUCCCUUCUGCUGUCCCUACCUUAACUCUGUUGAACCCUAUGGAUUAAAUCUCGUAAUGCGGUUUUGCUAGUUGCUUGUUGUC